AAAGUGAAGGAGGAGAAAGAAGAGGAGGUUGCUGAAGGAGAGGAAGUCGGCUGGCGUUUCCCUGAUCUCAGUAAGUAGAGGCAGAAUGGUGACACUUCUUCAAUCAGUUGUGUCGAUGAUGCGUUCCAACUGACACACUAUUCCCUUUGACCAGUGGGGAAUAGAGUACCAUUUGACCAAUGGGGAAUAGGGUACCAUUUGACCAAUGGGGAAUAGGGUACCAUUUGACCAAUGGGGAAUAGGGUACCAUUUAGGACACAACCCCCAAUUAUUUUACUCACAAAUGAUCUCCACAGUAGAGUCCGUAAUACCAACCUAUCUCCACAGGAGAGAGUCCUUGUCCAUGGCUCUGGUAGUCUCAUUAUAACCAGUAAUACCAACCUAUUCCCACAGGAGGAGUCCUAUCCAUGGCUCUGGUAGUGUCAUUAUAACCAGUAAUACCAACCUAUCUCCACAGGGAAGAGCCCUGUCCAUGGCUCUGGUAGUGUCAUUAUAACCAGUAAUACCAACCUAUCUCCACAGGAGAGAGUCGUCCAUGGCUCUGUAGUGUCAUUAUAACCAGUAAUACCAACCUAUCUCCACAGAGAGAGUCCUGUCCAUGGCUCUGGUAGUGGUCAUUACCAGUAAUACCAACCUAUCUCCACGGAGAGAGUCCUGUCCAUGGCUCUGGUAGUGUCAUUAUAACCAGUAAUACCAACCUAUCUCCACAGGAGAGAGCCCUGUCCAUGGCUCUGGUAGUGUCAUUAUAACCAGUAAUACCAACCUAUCUCCACAGGAGAGAGUCCUGUCCAUGGCUCUGGUAGUGUCAUUAUAACCAGUAAUACCAACCUAUCUCCACAGGAGAGAGUCCUGUCCAUGGCUCUGGUAGUGUCAUUAUAACCAGUAAUACCAACCUAUCUCCACAGGAGAGAGUCCUGUCCAUGGCUCUGGUAGUGUCAUUAUAACCAGUAAUACCAACCUAUCUCCACAGGAGAGAGCCCUGUCCAUGGCUUUGGUAGUGUCAUUAUAAGCAGUUAUACCAACCUAUCUCCACAGGAGAGAGUCCUGUCCAUGGCUUUGGUAGUCUCAUUAUAACCAAUAAUAACAACCCAGUGAAAGUUGACAUUGUGUUUCCGAAUGAUAUCACCAAGAGGUAGAAUAUAUAUAUAGUGAAAACAAUAGUGGUCCUAAGACGGAACCUUGAGGAACCAUUCACGGAGACGAACUGAUAUCUUUCCGACAGAUGCGAUCUAAACCAGGCAAGAACUUGUCCGUGUAGCCUAAUUAGGGUUUCCAAUCUCUCCAAAAGAAUGUGGUGAUCGACGGUGUCAAAGGCGGCACUAAGGUCUAGGAGCACGAGGACAGAUGCUGAGCCUUGGUCUGAUGUCAUUUAUCACCUUCAUGAGUGCAGUCUCAGUACUAUGAUGGUUCUAAAACCAGACUUUCGUAUACAUUAUUUGUGUUCAGGAAGGCAGUGAGUUGCUGCGCAACAGCUUUUUCAAAAACAUUUGAGAGGAAUGGGAAAUUCGAAAUAGGCUGAUCGUUUUUUAAUUUUCUGGGUCAAGGUUUGGCUUUCUCAGGAGAGGCCACUCUUAGUGAGUUUGGUACACAUCCAGUGGAUAGGGAACAGGAAGUAGCUCUUUCAGUAGUUUAGAUGGAGUAGGGUCUAGUAGGCAGCUGGAAGGUUUAGAGACCAUUACUAUUUUCGUGAAUGUUUUUCGAGAGAUACAGGAUUAAGAAACUCGAGUGUCUCCAUUGAUCUUAGGUCCUGGCAGUUCUUUGCAGACUCAGGACAACUGAGUUUUGGAGAAAUACGUAGAGUCAAAGAGGAGUCCGUAAUUCUAAUGAUCAUGAUCUUUUCGUCGAAGAAGAAGUUCAUGAAUUCAUGACUGCUGAAGUGAAGGCCAUCCUCUCUUGGGGAAUGCUGCUUUUUAGUUAGCUUUGUGACAGCAUCAAAAAUACAUUCUGGCUUGUUUUUAUUCUCCUCAAUCAGGUCGGAAAAGUAGGCUGAUGGAGCAGCAGUGAGGGCUCGUCCAUAUUGCACUGUACUGUCUUUCCAAGCUAGUCGGAAGACUUCCAGUUUGGUGGAGCACCAUUUCCGUUCCAAUAUUCGGGAAGCUUGCUUCAGGGCUCAGGUAUAUUCUGUAUACCAGGGAGCUAAUUUCUUGUGACAAAUGUUUUUUUGUUUUUAGAAGUGCGACUGCAUCUAGGGUAUUACGCAAGGUUAAAUUUAGAUCCUCGGUUAGGUGGUUAAUAGAUUUUUGUACUCCGACGUCCUUAGGUAGGUGGAGGGAGUCUGGAAGGGCAUCUAGGAAUCUUUGGGUUGUCCGAGAAUUUAUAGCGAUAAUCCUUGGUUGGGGUCUGAGCAGAUUAUUUGUUGCGAUUGCAAACGUAAUAAAAUGGUGGUCCGAUAGUCCAGGAUUAUGAGGAAAAACAUUUAGAUCCACAAUAUUUAUUCCACGGGACAAAACUAGAUCCAGAGUAUGACUGUGGUAAUGCGUAGGUCCGGAGACAUGCUGGACAUGAUGUCGAUGAUGGCUCCGAAUGCCUUUUCGAGUGGGUCUGUGGACUUCUCCAUGUGAAUAUUGAAGUCACCAGAAAUUUGAAUAUUAUCUGCCAAGACUACAAGGUCCGAUAGGAAUUCAGGGAACUCAGUGAGGAACGCUGUAUAUGGCCCAGGAGGCUGCAUAGAUUUCAUGACUAGAAGCUCAAGACGAAACAGCAUUUUUUAUAUUUUUUAUAUAAAUUGAAAUUUGCUGUCAAAAAUGUUAGCAACACCUCCGCCUUUGCGGGAAUGCGCGGGGGGAUAUGGUCACAAGUGUAACCUGGAGGAGAGGCCUCAUUUAACUCAGUAAAUUAAUCAGGCUUAAACCAUGUUUCAGUUAGGCCAUUCAAAUCAAGGUUAUGAUCAGUAAUUAGUUAAUUGACUAUGACUGCCUUGGAAGUGAGCGAUCUAACAUUAAGUAGUCCUAUUUUGAGUUGUGAGGUAUUAUCACAGUCUCUUUAAAAAAUGACAGGGAUGGAGGAGGUCUUUAUUCCAGUGAGAUUGCUAAGGCGAACACCGCCAUGUUUAGAUUUUCCCGACCUAGAUUGAGGCACAGACCUGGUCUCAUUGAGGAAAACUAAGCUGACCACACUGACUGUGCUAGCGGUAGACUCCACUAAGGCUGGCUAACAGGCUUCUGCCUGGCCUGCACCCUAUCUCGUUGUGGAGCUAGAGGAGUUAGAGCCCUGUCUGUGUUGAUAGAUAAGAUGAUCGCGCCCCUCCAGCUAGGAUGGAGUCCGUCACUCCUCAGCAGGCCAGGCUUGGUCCUGUUUGUGGGUGAGGCCCUCUUAUCUACAAAUUGUAUCUUUUAGGAGAGGCAGAAAACUGUUUUCAACCAGCGAUUGAGUUGUGAGACUAUGUUGCGCUUUGUGACCUCUGACUGUUUCAUCUUAACAUCGUGGAUAACAAUAUACCUAUACUCUCUACAUUCACCAGUUUUAGCCUUAGCCAGCACCCUCUUCAGAUUAGCCUUUACGUCGGUAGCCAAGCCCCCUCGGAAAACAAGUGCAUGAUCGCUGGAUGAUUAUUUUAAAGUCUAAGGGUUGACUAGGGUUUUCAAUUUGUCAGAGCUAAUAGUGGGAGGCUUCGGCGGCUCAGACCCGGUAACGGGUGGAGGAGAGACCUGAGAAGGCUCGGCCUCUGACUCCAACUCGUUGCUUAGUGGGAAGAACCGGUUGCAAGUUUCUGUCUGCUGAAUGAGCAACACCGGUUGAGCAUGCCGACAGCAUUUCUUUCCAGAAGCCUUGAGAAAAUUGUCCGUCUGCGGGGACUGUGCGAGGGGAUUUAUACUACUAUCUGUACUUACUGGUGGCACAGAUGCUGUUUCAUCCUUUCCUGCACUUAUCUUGCCCUUGCCAAACGAUUGCGUCUGAAGCUGGGCUUGCAACUCGGCUAUACUCACCAUAAGGCUUUAGUUCUCCAGUAAAUGAUGAGUACAGCGACUGCAAUUAGAUGCCACAGUGUUAAUGUUACUACUUAGCUUUUUGGGCUGGUGGAGGUCCUGUAGAACCAUGUCCAGAUAAAGCGUCCGGGGUGAAAAAGUUGAAUGAACAAAGUAGUGCGAAGACAAAAAUGUAAGACGUUGGUAAAUUUGUUAAAUGCAAAGUUUUGAUUAAAUGGUUAAUAAAGUUUGGCACGUGGCAACUAACCGGUUCAUUAUAACCAGUUAUACCAACCUAUCUCCACAGGAGAGAGUCCUGUCCAUGGCUCUGGUAGUGUCAUUAUAACCAGUAAUACCAACCUAUCUCCACAGGAGAGAGCCCUGUCCAUGGCUCUGGUAGUCUCAUUAUAACCAGUAAUACCAACCUAUCUCCACAGGAGAGAGUCCUGUCCAUGGCUCUGGUAGUGUAAUUAUACACUGCUCAAAAAAAUUAAGGGAACACUUAAACAACACAAUGUAACUCCAAGUCAAUCACACUUCUGUGAAAUCAAACUGUCCACUUAGGAAGCAACACUGAUUGACAAUACAUUUCACAUGCUGUUGUGCAAAAGGAAUAGACAACAGGUGGAAAUUAUAGGCAAUUAGCAAGACACCCCCAAUAAAGGACUGGUUUUGCAGGUGGUGACCACAGACCACUUCUCAGUUCCUAUGCUUCCUGGCUGAUGUUUUGGUCACUUUUGAAUGCUGGCGGUGCUUUCACUCUAGUGGUAGCAUGAGACGAAGUCUACAACCCACACAAGUGGCUCAGGUAGUGCAGCUCAUCCAGGAUGGCACAUCCAUCAAUGAGAGCUGUGGCAGGAAGGUUUGCUGUGUCUGUCAACGUAGUGUCCAGAGCAUGGAGGCGCUACCAGGAGACAGGCCAGUACAUCAGGAGACGUGGAGGAGGCCGUAGGAUGGCAACAACCCAGCAGCAGGACUGCUACCUCUGCCUUUGUGCAAGGAGGAGCAGGAGGAGCACUGCCAGAGCCCUGCAAAAUGACCUCCAGCAGGCCACAAAUGUGCAUGUGUCUGCUCAAACGGUCAGAAACAGACUCCAUGAGGGUGGUAUGAGGGCCCGACGUCCACAGGUGGGGGUUGUGCUUACAGCCCAACACCGUGCAGGACGUUUGGCAUUUGCCAGAGAACACCAAAAUUGGCAAAUUCGCCACUGGCGCCCUGUGCUCUUCACAGAUGAAAGCAGGUUCACACUGAGCACAUGUGACAGACGUGACAGAGUCUGGAGACGCCAUGGAGAACGUUCUGCUGCCUGCAACAUCCUCCAGCAUGACCGGUUUGUCGGUGGGUCAGUCAUGGUGUGGGGUGGCAUUUCUUUGGGGGGCCGCACAGCCCUCCAUGUGCUCGCCAGAGGUAGCCUGACUGCCAUUAGGUACCGAGAUGAGAUCCUCAGACCCCUUGUGAGACCAUAUGCUGGUGCGGUUGGCCCUGGGUUCCUCCUAAUGCAAGACAAUGCUAGACCUCAUGUGGCUGGAGUGUGUCAGCAGUUCCUGCAAGAGGAAGGCAUUGAUGCUAUGGAUUGGCCCGCCCGUUCCCCAGACCUGAAUCCAAUUGAGCACAUCUGGGACAUCAUGUCUCGCUCCAUCCACCAACGCCACGUUGCACCACAGACUGUCCAGGAGUUGGCGAAUGUUUUAGUCCAGGUCUGGGAGGAGAUCCCUCAGGAGACCAUCCGCCACCUCAUCAGGAGCAUGCCCAGGCAUUGUAGGGAGGUCAUACAGGCACGUGGAGGCCACACACACUACUGAGCCUCAUUUUGACUUGUUUUAAGGACAUUACAUCAAAGUUGGAUCAGCCUGUAGUGUGGUUUUCCACUUUAAUUUUGAGGGUGACUCCAAAUCCAGACCUCCAUGGGUUGAUACAUUUGAUUUCCAUUGAUAAUUUUUGUUUGAUUUUGUUGUCAGCACAUUCAACUAUGUAAAGAAAAAAGUAUUUCAUAAGAUUAUUUCAUUAAUUCAGAUCUAGGAUGUGUUAUUUUAGUGUUCCCUUAAUUUUUUUGAGCAGUGUAUAUAACCAGUAAUACCAACCUAUCUCCACAGGAGAGAGUCCUGUCCAUGGCUCUGGUAGUGUCAUUAUAUAUAACCAGUAAUACCAACCUAUCUCCACAGGAGAGAGUCCUGUCCAUGGCUCUGGUAGUGUCAUUAUAACCAGUAAUACCAACCUAUCUCCACAGGAGAGAGUCCUGUCCAUGGCUCUGGUAGUGUCAUUAUAUAUAACCAGUAAUACCAACCUAUCUCCACAGGAGAGAGUCCUGUCCAUGGCUCUGGUAGUGUCAUUAUAUAUAACCAGUAAUACCAACCUAUCUCCACAGGAGAGAGUCCUGUCCAUGGCUCUGGUAGUGAAGGAAGUCCCCCUACAUCACACAUCAACAAGGUGGGAGAAAAUGACGACGAACAUUUCAUAUGAUAAAAAAUAAGAAAGGUGCUCCACCUUCAAAGCUGAUGUUUUAGUUUUCAGGUCUUGAAAGGAUGGAAUAGAAGUCUUUCUUGUAUUGCGUUUAUAAAUAGAGUUCUAACGUGGUUAAUGAUGUUGUUAUGUUUUCAUUGUAGGAUCCUGGUGACCAAUCCAGCACCAAAGCUAUAGAGUCCCAGGGUCCUGAUCGAAGCCAUGAGGAGGACAGCACUCAAACACCUGGGAUGAACGCUCAUAUUGUAGAAGAGGAAGAGGAGGAGGAAGUUGGUGGUUUCAUCAAUUCUGAAGGAGAAGAAUUUGGCUGGGAUUCUGUUCAACAUAGGAAGUGGAGGCAGAACGCUGACUGUUCUUUAGUUGACUGGGGUUCUGUUCAACAUAGUAAGUGAAGGCAGAAAGCUGACUGUUCUUUAGGUGACUGGGGGUCUGUUCAACAUAGUAAGUGGAGGCAGAACGCUGACUGUUCUUUAGUUGACUGGGGUUCUGUUCAACAUAGUAAGUGGAGGCAGAAUGCUGACUGUUCUUUAGUUGACUGGAGUUCUGUUCAACAUAGUAAGUGGAGGCAGAACACUGACUGUUCUUUAGUUGACUGGAGUUCUGUUCAACAUAGUAAGUGGAGGCAGAACGCUGACUGUUCUUUAGUUGACUGGGGGUCUGUUCAACAUAGUAAGUGGAGGCAGAACGCUGACUGUUCUUUAGUUGACUGGAAUUAUGUUCAACAUAGUAAGUGGAGGCAGAACGCUGACUGUUUUUUAGUUGACUGGGAAUCUGUUCAACAUAGUAAGUGGAGGCAGAACGCUGACUCUUCUUUAGUUGACUGGGUUUCUGUUCAACAUAGUAAGUGGAGGCAGAACGCUGACUGUUCUUUAGUUGACUGGGAUUCGGUUCAACAUAGUAAGUGAAGGCAGAAAGCUGACUGUUCUUUAGGUGACUGGGGGUCUGUUCAACAUAGUAAGUGGAGGCAGAACGCUGACUGUUCUUUAGUUGACUGGGAUUUCUGUUGAACAUAGGAAGUGGAGGCAGAACGCUGACUGGGAAUCUGUUCAACAUAGUAAGUGGAGGCAGAACGCUGACUCUUCUUUAGUUGACUGGGUUUCUGUUCAACAUAGUAAGUGGAGGCAGAACGCUGACUGUUCUUUAGGUGACUGGGGGUCUGUUCAACAUAGUAAGUGGAGGCAGAACGCUGACUGUUCUUUAGUUGACUGGGAUUUCUGUUGAACAUAGGAAGUGGAGGCAGAACGCUGACUGUUCUUUAGUUGACCGGGGUUCUGUUCAACAUAGUAAGUGGAGGCAGAACGCUGACUGUUGUUUAGUUGACUGGGGGUCUGUUCAACAUAGUAAGUGGAGGCAGAACGCUGACUGUUCUUUGGUUGACUGGGGUUCUGUUCAACAUAGUAAGUGGAGGCAGAACGCUGACUGGGUUCUGUUCAACAUAGUAAGUGGAGGCAGAACGCUGACUGUUCUUUAGUUGACUGGGAUUCUGUUCAACAUAGUAAGUGGAGGCAGAACGCUGACUGUUCUUUGGUUGACUGGGGUUCUGUUCAACAUAGUAAGUGGAGGCAGAACGCUGACUGGGUUCUGUUCAACAUAGUAAGUGGAGGCAGAACGCUGACUGGGGGUCUGUUCAACAUAGUAAGUGGAGGCAGAACGCUGACUGUUCUUUAGUUGACUGGGAUCUGUUCAACAUAGUUUGUGGAGGCAGAACGCUGACUGUUCUUUAGUUACAUUUACAUUACAUUUUAGUCAUUUAGCAGACGCUCUUAUCCAGAGCGACUUACAGGAGCAAUUAGGGUUAAGUGCCUUGCUCAAGGGCACAUUUACGUCAUUUAGCAGACGCUCUUAUCCAGAGCGACUACAAAUUGGUGCAUUCACCCUAUAGCCAGUGGGAUAACCACUUUACAAUUAUACUUUUUUUUUUUUUUUUUUGGGUGGGGGGGGGGGGGGGGGGGGGGUAGAAGGAUUACUUUAUCCUAUCCCAGGUGUUCCUUAAAGAGGUGGGGUUUCAAAUGUCUCCGGAAGGUGGUGAGUGACUCCGCUGUCCUGGCGUCGUGAGGGAGCUUGUUCCACCAUUGGGGUGCCAGAGCAGCGAACAGCUUUGACUGGGCUGAGCGGGAACUAUGCUUCCGCAGAGGAAGGGGAGCCAGCAGGCCAGAGGUGGAUGAACGCAAUGCCCUCGCCUGGGUGUAGGGACUGAUCAGAGCCUGAAGGUACGGAGGUGCCGUUCCCCUCACUGCUCCAUAGGCAAGCACCAUGGUCUUGUAACGGAUGCGAGCUUCAACUGGAAGCCAGUGGAGUGUGCGGAGGAGGGGGGGUGACGUGAGAGAACUUGGGAAGGUUGAACACCAGACGGGCUGCGGCAUUCUGGAUGAGUUGUAGGGGUUUAAUGGCACAGGCAGGGAGCCCAGCCAACAGCGAGUUGCAGUAAUCCAGAUGGGAGAUGACAAGUGCCUGGAUUAGGACCUGUGCCGCUUCCUGUGUAAGGCAGGGUCGUACUCUCCGCAUGUUGUAGAGCAUGAACCUGCAGGAUCGGGUCACCGCCUUGAUGUUGGCGGAGAACGACAGGGUGUUGUCCAGGGUCACGCCAAGGCUCUUCGCACUCUGGGAGGAGGACACAACGGAGUUGUCAACCGUGAUGGCGAGAUCAUGGAACGGGCAGUCCUUCCCCGGGAGGAAGAGCAGCUCCGUCUUGCCAGGGUUCAGCUUGAGGUGGUGAUCCGUCAUCCAUACUGAUAUGUCGGCCAGACAUGCAGAGAUGCGAUUCGCCACCUGGUUAUCAGAAGGGGGAAAGGAGAAGAUUAGUUGUGUAUCGUCAGCGUAGCAAUGAUAGGAGAGGCCAUGUGAGGAUAUGACAGAGCCAAGUGACUUGGUGUAUAGGGAGAAAAGGAGAGGGCCUAGAACUGAGCCCUGGGGGACACCAGUGGUGACUGGGGGUCUGUUCAACAUAGUAAGUGGAGGCAGAACGCUGACUGUUCUUUAGUUGACUGGGAUUUCUGUUGAACAUAGGAAGUGGAGGCAGAACGCUGACUGUUCUUUAGUUGACUGGGAUUCUGUUCAACAUAGUAAGUGGAGGCAGAACGCUGACUGUUCUUUAGUUGACCGGGGUUCUGUUCAACAUAGUAAGUGGAGGCAGAACGCUGACUGGGUUCUGUUCAACAUAGUAAGUGGAGGCAGAACGCUGACUGUUCUUUAGGUGACUGGGGGUCUGUUCAACAUAGUAAGUGGAGGCAGAACGCUGACUGUUCUUUAGUUGACUGGGAUUUCUGUUGAACAUAGGAAGUGGAGGCAGAACGCUGACUGUUCUUUAGUUGACUGGGAUUCUGUUCAACAUAGUAAGUGGAGGCAGAACGCUGACUGUUCUUUGGUUGACUGGGGUUCUGUUCAACAUAGUAAGUGGAGGCAGAACGCUGACUGGGUUCUGUUCAACAUAGUAAGUGGAGGCAGAACGCUGACUGGGGGUCUGUUCAACAUAGUAAGUGGAGGCAGAACGCUGACUGUUCUUUAGGUGACUGGGGGUCUGUUCAACAUAGUAAGUGGAGGCAGAAUGCUGACUGUUCUUUAGUUGACUGGGAUCUGUUCAACAUAGUUUGUGGAGGCAGAACGCUGACUGUUCUUUAGUUGAAUGUCGUUCUGUUCAACAUAGUUUGUGGAGGCAGAACGGUGACUGUUCUUUAGUUGACCGGGGUUCUGUUCAACAUAGUAAGUGGAGGCAGAACGCUGACUGUUGUUUAGUUGACUGGGGGUCUGUUCAACAUAGUAAGUGGAGGCAGAACACUGACUGUUCAUAUUCUGUUCAACAUAGUAAGUGGAGGCAGAACACUGACUGUUCUUUAGUUGACUGGGAUUUCUGUUGAACAUAGGAAGUGGAGGCAGAACGCUGACUGUUCUUUAGUUGACUGGGAUUCUGUUCAACAUAGUAAGUGGAGGCAGAACGCUGACUGUUCUUUAGUUGACCGGGGUUCUGUUCAACAUAGUAAGUGGAGGCAGAACGCUGACUGGGUUCUGUUCAACAUAGUAAGUGGAGGCAGAACGCUGACUGUUCUUUAGGUGACUGGGGGUCUGUUCAACAUAGUAAGUGGAGGCAGAACGCUGACUGUUCUUUAGUUGACUGGGAUUUCUGUUGAACAUAGGAAGUGGAGGCAGAACGCUGACUGUUCUUUAGUUGACUGGGAUUCUGUUCAACAUAGUAAGUGGAGGCAGAACGCUGACUGUUCUUUGGUUGACUGGGGUUCUGUUCAACAUAGUAAGUGGAGGCAGAACGCUGACUGGGUUCUGUUCAACAUAGUAAGUGGAGGCAGAACGCUGACUGGGGGUCUGUUCAACAUAGUAAGUGGAGGCAGAACGCUGACUGUUCUUUAGGUGACUGGGGGUCUGUUCAACAUAGUAAGUGGAGGCAGAAUGCUGACUGUUCUUUAGUUGACUGGGAUCUGUUCAACAUAGUUUGUGGAGGCAGAACGCUGACUGUUCUUUAGUUGAAUGUCGUUCUGUUCAACAUAGUUUGUGGAGGCAGAACGGUGACUGUUCUUUAGUUGACCGGGGUUCUGUUCAACAUAGUAAGUGGAGGCAGAACGCUGACUGUUCUUUAGUUGACCGGGGUUCUGUUCAACAUAGUAAGUGGAGGCAGAACGCUGACUGUUCUUUAGGUGACUGGGGGUCUGUUCAACAUAGUAAGUGGAGGCAGAACGGUGACUGGUGGUCUGUUCAACAUAGUAAGUGGAGGCAGAACGGUGACUGGUGGUCUGUUCAACAUAGUAAGUGGAGGCAGAACGGUUAUCUAAAAUACCCAGUAUGUGUCCCAAAUGGCAUUCUAUUUCCUAUAUAGUGACCAGGAUCCUGGACAAAAUGAAUGCACUUCAUAGGGAAUAAGGUACCAUUUGGGAUACAGACCACGAAUUAAUGUCGACUUGCUUGCCUCAAUACCUAACCCACUCUGUUAUUCACACAGGAGAAAGCCCCAACCGUGGCUUAGACAGCAAAGAGAGUCCCCCUACAUCAGAACAUCCUGAACACCAGGAGAAUCAGAAAACUAAGAUAUCCCACUGCUGCUCAGUGUGUGGCAGAGAAUGCUAUAAGCUCUCAGUACUACAGAUCCACAUGAGAAUCCACACGGGAGAGAAGCCGUACCCCUGCCCCGACUGUGGCAAGAAGUUCGCUCACCAGGGAGCCAUGAGACGACAUCUCCUCACACACACUGGAGAGAAGCCUUACUCCUGCUCUGUGUGUGGGAAGAGUUUCACCCAAUCAGGACAUCUGAGGGAGCACCAGCAGUCUCACAGUGGAGAGAAGCCUCACCUGUGUCUGGUCUGUGGGAGAGGGUUCUCUAGAGCGUCAGACCUCAGGAUACACCACAGAGUUCAUACAGGGGAGAGGCCAUACAGCUGUGAUUACUGUGGGAAGAGAUACGUCCGCUCUCAGAAGCUACGGGCUCACCAACGGACACACCACAGUGACAGGACACCCACUGAUGCUGGAGAGGAGAUGGGCGAUGGAGUGAAGAACCAGGAGGCUUUGACAAUAACACAUGAUAAGCCUAGUGUUCCUAUAGGGGAUGUUAGUGAGCUGGACAAAAACAAUGAUACACUUCAUCAUCAGACAGGAGAACAAUAGACUGAGAACCAUUGGAAUAGACAGAGAUCUAAAUUCCAUCAAACAAUAGAAUCAGAACCAUUGGAAUAGACAGAGAUCUAAAUUCCACCUAACAAUAGAAUCAGAACCAUUGGAAUAGACAGAUCUAAAUUCCAUCAAACAAUAGAAUCAGAACCAUUGAAUAGACAUAGAUCUAAAUUCCAUCAAACAAUAGAAUGAGAACCAUUGGAAUAGACAGAUCUAAAUUCCAUCAAACAAUAGAAUGAGAACCAUUGGAAUAGACAGAUCUAAAUUCCAUCAAACAAUAGAAUGAGAACCAUUGGAAUAGACAUAGAUCUAAAUUCCAUCAAACAAUAGAAUGAGAACCAUUGGAAUAGACAGAUCUAAAUUCCAUCAAACAAUAGAAUCAGAACCAUUGGAAUAGACAGAUCUACAUUCCAUCAAACAAUAGAAUGAGAACCAUUGGAAUAGACAGAUCUAAAUGCCAUCAAACAAUAGAAUGAGAACUAUUGGAAUAGACAGAGAUCUAAAUUCCACCUAAAUGAUUUACAGAAUUCUGACGCAGGACACAGGCUGCUUGGGAGGAGACAGAUGCUGGGUGAAGUUUCCCACAAGCACAGAUCUAGGAUCAGCUUCCCCUGCCCGAAUCCUAACCUUAACCAUUAGUGGGGGAAAUGCAAAGCUGACCCAAGAUCCAGCAUCUAGGGGCAACUUCACCCUACUCUGUUGGGGGAAAGAAUGGGGAGGCUUUAUCAGUUAGUGUUGACAGUAGCACUAUGAGUGAUGUUAGCAGGGUGGACAAACACAACUAUUAACCUCAUGAUGAAGAACUAUAGGCUCGGUUGGAACAGUUACAAUGGACAUGGUUCUAAAUUCCACUUGAAGAAAGCACACAGUUCUGACCGAGAGAUGAAAUGAUCAGUGCCGUUGUGAGUUUGUUAUUGAACUUGAACCAGGAAGUACACCCAAUAUGUCCGCUAGACAGUUCCCGAAGGAGCGGUGUUCUAAAUUGGAAUCGUGGAAUGCUUGUUCUCAGUCCACCCCAUCCAGUGUGAGGAACCCAGUUGAAAUGAUUGUUUAAUAGGUUAUGUAAUAAUGAUGUUCUUUUAUUGUGUAUCAUCCAAAUAAAAUGUUCAAUCCCAUGACAUUUGAGCACAGAGAGCGAGCUGUGGCUCCGUCCAUGCUAUCAUUCAGGUCAUUAUGCUGCCAUAAGCUAGUAAGCAAGGUGUAUCAUGAUGAGUGAAUACAUAAGCUAAAGAAACUGCCUCUAACUUCAUCUAUGGAUCUAUAAAAACAGUUUCUGUUUACAGUGCCAUUUUAUGCAUGCUCUUUUCACACUACCGAGCCAAGCUGAUGGAUAUCAAGGAUACGGUUUUAUUUGCUAUGCUUAAAAGACGGGCUUGGUAAACGUGGGGCUUUAUAUGGCGUGCAGAAAAUGUAACCGGGCUAUAUUGAAGUGUUUACUAUGAUUUCUGCAGGGGAACUGUCAGUAUACUCAGUUGAACUGUUGGCGAUAAAUAGUCGCCCUCCAGUGGGUGGAGGACGAACAACCUGUUAGAAUUAUAGUAUGCUCUGUCUUGAAUAGUUUAUCAUCUGGUAAAUCUAAUAGGAGUGACCUACUAUUGGAGGUAUUCAUGUUAUUAUGGAGAAUUGAGAGAAUGGGUGUAGUAGUGAGAUUUUUAUUUAACAUUUUACCCCCUUUUUCUCCCCAAUUUCGUGAUUAUGAUCUUGUCUCAUCGCUGCGACUCCCCAACUGGCUCGGGAGAGGCGAAGGUCUCCAAGCCGCUCUUCUUAACACCCGCUCACUUAACCCGGAAGCCAGCUGCACCAAUGUGUCAGAGGAAACACUGUACAACUGACGACCGAAGUCAGCCUGCAGGCGCCCGGCCCGCCACAAGGAGUCGCUAGAGCGCGAUGAGCCAAGUAAAGCCCCCCCCCCCCGGCCAAUCCCUCCCCUAACCCGGACGACGCUGGGCCAAUUAUGCGCCGCCCUAUGGGACUCCCGGUUGUGACACAGCCUGAGAUCGAACCCCAGGCUGUAGUGAUGCAGUGCCUUAGACCGCUGCGGCACUCGGGAGGCCAGUAGUGAGAUUCUGCUGGGUCCCAGCACAUUCGGGUGUGGAAGGGAAUGAAAUUGUAGACCAGUUAGCCAAAAGAGCUUUGAAACUAGAUAUAAUUGAUAUUAAUGUUCCACUGGGUAGAGGUGAGGCCAAAUGUAAGAUCAGAGCCAUUUUGAUAGAUGUGUGGCAGAAGAGAUGGGACUCUGAGCACAAGGGCCGGCAUUUAUAUGCCCUCCAAAGAAAGGUCGGUGGACCAAGAUUCAAAGGUCAGAUUAUGAAGGAAGAGGUGGUGUUUGCUCGAUUGCGCUUAGGACGUUACAUCUGAUUGGCAAGCAUGUGAAUGGUCGAUGAAACGGUGGAGCAUGUGUUGUUAUAUUGUCUUAAGUAUGUUGAAGAGAGGGAAAGAUUGAAGUGUAGGGUCAUUGAGGUUGGGGGGGGGGGGUUGGAAGGGAUUUUGGGGAUGGGGGAGAGUCUAUUAGAAGUUAGUAGGGAUCUUUUUUAUUUUCCCAGAAAUACUGAGUUAGGUUGGAUGAUUUAGAAAUGUUGUAAACCGUGAUUGACAACACAUUCCAACACAGUAGGUGGCGGCAUGCACCUUUAACGUUGGUUUGCGGACCGCCAUUAUAUCAUAGAAGAAGAUUACUGCAGGUUGUAAGCGACUUGCAGUGCCUGCCUUGUCACUCCUGCACACAAGGUGGCGCUAUUGCACCAGGUAGUUUACUCAUGCAGAAUAAUCAUACCCGGAAGUACGGUGAUGCAGUAAUGCAGCCAGUCGGCUUAUUUACCUCAAUUCAAAACAGUUUAGCUGGCUAGUUACUGUUAAAAUGGCAACAUAUAUGAUUUCUGCAUGUAUAGCCUUCGUUUAGCCAGCUGGCUAGGUUUCAAAUCGUUUCACGACCAGUAAGUUGUUCAACUGACGUGAGUGACCUCGAGCUGAAGUGAACGCAAAAGAACAACAACAAUCAAUAACAUGUCGGCAGAAUUCACUCCUCUCGGUUCUGACCGACCAACAAUGGACGAGGUAAGACACGGGAGGGACGAAUUCCCGUUAGCUAGCCAGCCAAAUCUACUAGCCUUGUCCUAGCUAUUCUGACUCCAAUGCAUCACAGUACAUGAAUGGGCAAGCUUUGUCCCUUAAUCUGUUUGUGAAAACUCCAUUGCUGUAAUUGCAUGACAAUAAGUGACAAGAGUUGGCGUAAUAGCGCGAACAGGUUAUGCUAGGUCCUUUUAUGCUCCGUCAUCUGGAAACUGAUUUGAGUGUGGUUGUCAAUUUGACAAAGUAUCAAACUGUCCCGUUUGUUUACUGCUGCUGCUCAGUCAGUCUGUAGUCGCAACUUUGACACCAUGCCACUGGGUGGGUCUUGUAAGGCAAGGACAAUCUUAUCUGCAGAGUGGGUGGGUGCAGUCUUUUGUUCCUACCAAGCACUAACAUAAACACACUGAUCUAGGAUCAGUUUUGCCUUAGGAUUACCUGGACAAGGAGGGUCUGAUGUCAGCAUUCCUACUGUUAGGUGCUUUGUGAAAUACAGGCCCUGAUUCCCUGAUCAAAGUCUUGGACACUCAUAUAGGCUACCACAACAAGACACUCAUAUAGGCUACCACAACAAGACACUCAUAUAGGCUACCACAACAAGACACUCAUAUAGGCUACCACAAAAAACACUCAUAUAGGCUACCACAAAAAACACUCAUAUAGGCUACCACAACAAAACACUCAUAUAGGCUACCACAACAAGACACUCAUAUAGGCUACCACAACAAAACACUCAUAUAGGCUACCACAACAAGACACUCAUAUAAGCUACCACAACAAAACACUCAUAUAGGCUACCACAAAAAACACUCAUAUAGGCUACCACAAAAAACACUCAUACAGGCUACCACAAAAAACACUCAUAUAGGCUACCACAACAAAACACUCAUAUAGGCUUCCACAACAAGACACUCAUAUAGGCUACCACAACAAAACACUCAUAUUGGCUACCACAACAAGACACUCAUAUAGUCUACCGCAACAAGACACUCAUAUAGGCUACCACAACAAGACACUCAUAUAGGCUACCACAACAAGACACUCAUAUAGGCUUCCAUAACAAAACACUCAUAUAGGCUACCACAACAAGACACUCAUAUAGGCUACCACAACAAGACACUCAUAUAGGCUACCACAACAAGACACUCAUAUAGGCUUCCAUAACAAAACACUCAUAUAGGCUUCCAUAACGAAACACUCAUAUAGGCUUCCAUAACAAGACACUCAUAUAGGCUACCACAACAAAACACUCAUAUAGUCUACCACAACAAAACACUCAUAGUCUACCACAACAAAACAAAUGUUCCCCUCUCCAGAACUUAGUAGUCAAGGCUGCCUUCCGCCCUUCACCGUUUUUUUAGGAUGUUGUUGACAACCAGCCCAGCCCGUCCCCAUCCCACAGCCCCCCUGCAUCAGGAGAACCUGAUCAAGAGAACCAAACAGAACCAACCAAGACCUUUUCUCACUGUUGUCCGGACUGUGAGAAAGAGUUUUCCCGCCCAUGUGACCUGGUGAGUUUGAUAGGUUUUAUUGGGCAGUUUUAAAAAGUACAUAUACACACAGUACAUGAAACCUUACGUGAUAACACCAAACAAGUCAAUGACUUAUUUCCAUUGUGUUCCAUAAGGUUAGACACCAGAGAGUACACACAGGGGAGAAGCCCUACUCCUGCUCUGACUGUGGCAAGAGGUUCGCCCACUCAGGAGGCCUCCGAGAACAUGAGAGGAUACACUCCGGAGAGAAGCCUCACUCCUGCUCUGUGUGUGGGAAGAGCUUCACCCAGAAGGGAAGUCUUAGGGUUCACCUACGGACACACACGGGGGAGAGACCUUAUUCUUGCUCCAUCUGCGGCAAGAGUUACACCCAAAAUGAAUUUUUGAAAGUGCACCAGCGAACGCACACGGGAGAAAGGCCCUACUCCUGCUCUGUGUGUGGCAAGGGCUUUGCUCAGAUAGGAAACUUGAAGAAACACCAGCGGAUUCACACCGGGGAGAAGCCUUACCAGUGCCAGGAGUGUGGUGCCAGUUUCACCCAGAAGGACAGCCUGAAGAUGCACCAGAGGUCAUUUAUUUGUUCGGAUUUGAUCUCUUUGUUGUUUUACUGUUAAGUCUGUUGCGAUUUUAAAUGCAUUUUAGAUAAAGUUUGAUUUGAUUUAGGUCUCACACGGGAGAGAAGCCCUGCGUCUGCCCUGAGUGCGGGAAGGGUUUCCGCGACAACGGGCACCUGAAAGUCCACCUGAGAGUGCAUACAGGUGAGGUUGAUUUAACGACGUCUCAAAACUCUGAGUGGUCCACAAUGUGGUUAUUUAAUCAAACUUGAAACUUUAUGCAGCAAUUGACCGCAUACAUUACAGAUUUGUCGUAUGUGUCACGCCCUGACUCAGAGGACGCUUAUAUGUUGAGUCAGGGUGUGUAUGUUCCUUGUUGUGUUUGUUUUAUGUUGUAGGAUCUAGGAUUCUAGAUCUAUGUUGGCCGGUGUGGUUCCCAAUCAGAGGCAGCUGUCGCUCGUUGUCUCUGAUUGGGACCAUACUUAGGCAGCUAUUGGCAUAGUGGGUUGUGGGAUCUUGUCCGUGUUAGGUAUGUUGUUUGUGUACCUUGGACACGGGAUACACAUGGUAUACACCGUCCAACGAAAUGCUUACUUGCAGGUUCCUUCUCAACAAUAACAAAUAAUAAAAAAUAAUAAUACGAACAUAAAGUAAAUGGCUCAUUAUUGUGGAGUGACACUGUCUGUCUGUCUUUCCCACCCAUCUGUCCAUCCAUCAGGUGAGAAGCCGUACUCCUGCCCUGACUGUGGGAGACGGUUCAGCCAGGCGGACGUCCUGAAGAGACACCAGAUGGUGCAUACAGGGGAGAAGCCGUACUUCUGUGGCCUGUGUGGGAGGAGGUUCGCCCAGCCUGCCACACUGAAGUACCACCUCCGGACCCACGCAAGAGAGAACCAGACAGGAGGUGAGUUCAACAACACUUCCCUUUACAGCCAACAUGUUGCCAGAGUAACAAUUUCAGUUGAACGAUUUGAAUGAACAUUCCAGAAUGUUACGGUGAAGCUGCAAAUAGCUCAUUUUUCUACGGAUUAUUUACUGAUGCUUUUUAGCUGUAAUAUUCAAACUGCAAAUACUAAUCUUACUAAAUGUAAUAGAAAGCCUACAUAGCAACAUUAUUAUUUGUAGUGGCAGUUUAGACACGAAACAGAUACUUAUGUUUGCCGCACACAACCUUCUCAGACUGUCAGCUACUUCGCUGCUAACACAAAACAAAUACAGUGUUGUUGCUAACAUUCUAAUGUUCACAAACCCUUUCCCUAGGGUCUCAACGCUGCCCAGUGUGUGGACAGGACCUCCCUACAGAGCAGGCUCUGAGAAAACACCUACGGACACACAUGGGGGAGGACCUCGGUCACACUGGGGGACAGGAAGACGGGGAGGAGGAAGUUGGAGGUCUGAUCAAUUCUGAUGGAGAAGACGUCGGCUGGGACCCUUCUCAUCUUAGUAAGUGGAGACAGGCACCCUAUUCACUAAGUAGUGCACUACUUUUGACCCUCCAUCCAUUCAUCAGAUGAGAAACGGGAGAGAGUCCUGUCCAUGGCUCUGGUAGUGUCAUUAUAACCAGUAAUACCAACCUAUCUCCACAGGAGAGAGUCCUGUCCAUGGCUCUGGUAGUGUCAUUAUAACCAGUAAUACCAACCUAUCUCCACAGGAGAGAGUCCUGUCCAUGGCUCUGGUAGUGUCAUUAUAACCAGUAAUACCAACCUAUCUCCACAGGAGAGAGUCCUGUCCAUGGCUCCGGUAGUGUCAUUAUAACCAGUAAUACCAACCUAUCUCCACAGGAGAGAGUCCUGUCCAUGGCUCUGGUAGUGUCAUUAUAACCAGUAAUACCAACCUAUCUCCACAGGAGAGAGUCCUGUCCAUGGCUCUGGUAGUGUCAUUAUAACCAGUAAUACCAACCUAUCUCCACAGGAGAGAGUCCUGUCCAUGGCUCUGGUAGUGUCAUUAUAACCAGUAAUACCAACCUAUCUCCACAGGAGAGAGUCCUGUCCAUGGCUCUGGUAGUGUCAUUAUAACCAGUAAUACCAACCUAUCUCCACAGGAGAGAGUCCUGUCCAUGGCUCUGGUAGUGGUCAUUAUAACCAGUAAUACCAACCUAUCUCCACAGGAGAGAGUCCUGUCCAUGGCUCUGGUAGUGUCAUUAUAACCAGUAAUACCAACCUAUCUCCACAGGAGAGAGUCCUGUCCAUGGCUCUGGUAGUGUCAUUAUAACCAGUAAUACCAACCUAUCUCCACAGGAGAGAGUCCUGUCCAUGGCUCUGGUAGUCUCAUUAUAACCAGUAAUACCAACCUAUCUCCACAGGAGAGAGUCCUGUCCAUGGCUCUGGUAGUGUCAUUAUAACCAGUAAUACCAACCUAUCUCCACAGGAGAGAGUCCUGUCCAUGGCUCUGGUAGUGUCAUUAUAACCAGUAAUACCAACCUAUCUCCACAGGAGAGAGUCCUGUCCAUGGCUCUGGUAGUGUCAUUAUAACCAGUAAUACCAACCUAUCUCCACAGGAGAGAGUCCUGUCCAUGGCUCUGGUAGUGUCAUUAUAUAUAACCAGUAAUACCAACCUAUCUCCACAGGAGAGAGUCCUGUCCAUGGCUCUGGUAGUGUCAUUAUAUAUAACCAGUAAUACCAACCUAUCUCCACAGGAGAGAGUCCUGUCCAUGGCUCUGGUAGUGAAGGAAGUCCCCCUACAUCACACAUCAACAAGGUGGGAGAAAAUGACGAUGAACUUUUCACAUUUUACUGUAAGCUAAUGUCAUCUAUUUCAGGGGCCAAAUGUAUCAAGCAUCUCAGAGUAGGAGUACUGAUCUAGGAUCAGUUUUGCCUCUUAGAUGACUAGACAUCCUGGUUCGAAUCCAGGCUCUGUCGUAGCCGGCCGCGACCGGGAGACCCAUGGGGCGGCGCACAAUUGGCCCAGCGUCGUCCAGGGUAGGGGAGGGAAUGGCCGGCAGGGAUGUAGCUCAGUUGGUAGAGCAUGGCAUUUGUAAUGCCAGGGUUGUGGGUUCGAUUCCAGUAUAACAAAAUUAAAAUGUAUGCACUCACUAACUGUAAGUCGCUCUGGAUAAGAGCGUCUGCUAAAUGACUAAAAUGUAAAUAAAGAAUGGACAAAGGGGGGACCUGAUCCUAGAUCAGCACUCCUCCUCUGAGAUGCUUUAUUAAUACGGACCCUGAUCUUCAGAGGGUGUGUUACUUCCUUUAUUAUCCAUCACUGUUUUCAUUCUAGAAUCCAGGUGAACAAUCCAGAUCCAAACCCAGGUCACUGGGUCCUGACCACAGAGGGGCCUUCAGUCAGACACUGGGGAUGAACAUUAAAGUAGUGGAAGAGGAGGAGCUGGAGGACUUGAGUCAAACUGUUGGGGUGACGGUUAAAGAAGAAGAGGAAGAAGAAGAAGUCAGCGGAUUCAUUCAGUCCCCAGUAGAAGAAGUGGACUGGGAGGCUGUUGACCUUAGUAAGUGGAGGGAGGAUGUUGACCUUAGUAAGUGGAGGGAGUUCUGUUGAACUUAGUAAGAGGAGGGAGUUCUGUUGAACUUAGUAAGAGGAGGGAGUUCUGUUGAACUUAGUAAGAGGAGGGAGUUCUGUUGAACUUAGUAAGAGGAGGGAGUUCUGUUGAACUUAGUAAGAGGAGGGAGUUCUGUUGAACUUAGUAAGAGGAGGGAGUUCUGUUGACCUUAGUAAGAGGAGGGAGUUCUGUUGAACUUAGUAAGAGGAGGGCGGAUGGUGACCUUAAAGAAACAUGAAGUAAUGAGGACUUACUAUCACUGUGUCCCAAAUGGCACCCGAUCCUCUACUUUAGACCAGAGCUCUAUAGCGAAUAGGGAACCAUUUGGGACACAUAUAUCUUAAAGGUUGCGUCCCAAAGGGCAGUGUAUUUCCGAUAUUGUGUACUAUAUGUAACCUGUACUUGCUGUUCCCCUAGGAGCGUGUCCUAACCACUGCUCAGACAGUGAGGAGAGACCUCCCCACCAGGAGAAUCACACAGCUAAAGACCGUCACCACACAGAGAACACAAGCCUCACUCCUGCUCUGACUCUAUUUGAAGGACCUGAUCAAAGCCAU